UUAUGUUUUUUAAACUUAAUUUAGCUUAGGCAUAAAGUAUGUUUAUUCUAGAACAAUGAAAUUUCAUGGAACCACUAAACUUGAGCCAAAAUAACAAUUUCCUGAUGUGGACUUGACAGGCCUAUGAUUAUGGACUCUCACAAUAAUAAUGCAAUCAUAAUGAACUGUGAUAUAACUGUGACUGAUGAAAAUAUGAGUGACAAGAGAGAUAUGAGUGUAAUCCUUGUCCCUGAAAAUGUCCUAAAGGUACUGAGUGACUCGACAUCAUCUUAUGUUUCUCCGAAUAUUACAAAUAAAAAUACAUUGGAAAUACAUGGAGCCACUUUCGAAGAGAAUACCUUUGUUGAUUCAAUUGAUGGGAACUUGAACACCAAGAAUGUUCUGAUAAUAGGCAAUGGGGACACCAGUUUUGAGGACAAUACUGAAAAUGGUGUGUUGAAAUCAUCCGAUUUACUAGUCUUAGACCCAAAUAAUAUUUGUGUUGUUGGUUUGGGUGAACUGAACACAGAAAACCAAGCAGUCACACUCAUCGAAAAUAAAACUUCUCAACUUUCUCAAGAAACAACAAACUCUCUUCCCAGGCCUAUCAGACCACAUCCAUCGUCUAAAACAAAUGAAACAUCGUCUCAAACUCGUACUUUAUUAAUACAAGAACAUUCCAACAAAAGCAACGAGGAAGAAGCCACAAGAGAAAUUCUCAAUUGUAUGGAUGGUUUUAUUGAAAGUUGGGCUACAAAGCACAAUAACAGUGAGAAGAAAACUAUCAAGUAUAAAUGCAAAAUAUUCAACUGCAAUAAAACGUUCAAGACGCAAAUAGAACUUGAAGAACAUAAUGUUAAACAUCAAAAAUGUGAGAGAUAUCCAUGUUUGUAUCCGUCGUGUCCGUGGUCAUUUUCAACUCCGUAUAAACUUAAGCGACAUUUAAAAUCUCACGAUCAAAUAAAGCAAUAUAAAUGCACUUAUGAGGGAUGUAACACAAUUUGUUCAACUAAAUAUAAUCUCCAAACUCAUAUGAAUAUGCAUAAUAAAUGUGGAGCAUUUCGUAUUUGCCCUGAAUGCAAUGAAACAUUCACUCAUUUUGCUCAACUCAUGAAACAUAGACGAACAAUCCAUAACGUAGCUCCCAUGUUCGAGUGUGACGAAUGUGGCAAAAAGUUUCAUACAACCAGUGGUCGCAACACCCAUGCCAAAAGCCAUAUCGUACGAGAAUUUAUUUGUGGAGUAGAAGGGUGCGGAAAACGUUUUAAACGUCGUGCAAUUUUUAAAAUACAUGUAAUGGAACACUCAAAUAUAAAGCCAUUCAAGUGUGAAUAUCCAGAAUGCCGUUGGGCUUUCACAACAAGAGGAAAAUUAAGGAGGCAUAUAAUGUCGCAUACAAACACUAAAAGAUAUCAAUGUCCUGUUGAAAACUGUGCCAGUCAAUUUUCAAGAUUAGAACAUUUGAAAUCACAUUUGAAGGUUCACACAUUGAAAAGCAGAAAUGAUGACGAAGGUUCAAAUGACUUUGAGGCUCCGGUAGAAUCAAACGAAGACAAUUUACUUUAUUAUCUUUGUCCUUAUGAUGAAUGUGGAUUAUUAUUCACGACACUAAUUGGAGCUAAACAACAUAUACAAAAAGUUCAUACUCAAAAUGCAAAUGUGACAUCUCAAGAGAUAUCAUGUUCAAAAGAAACGGACAAUAUAUUAGAUACUCAACCUGUUUCUAUUACAUUGGAAGCAAUGAAGACGAAUGAUGAAAUACUUGAUGAUAAUAAUAUUUCUGAUGACAUAAGUAGCAAUGAAAAGAUUAUCACUGAUCAACAAAGCACAGAAUCAUUACUGAAAACCAUGUUGCGAGAAAAUCCUGAUAUACCGGAUUCUAAUGAUAUUUUGAUCACCAGCGUGACAUCUCUAGCAGAAGGGUCUGGAUCUGAAAACAUGGUCUAUAUUAAUACUGUACCUGAUGCUAAAGUGUCAAAUGGACAAACUCUUGAGCUGGCAGGCAGUGUUAUAUUCCCACCAACACAAGGAUUAUCUACUUCACCUACGUCUACGAUAGAUCCAUCCCAGUUUUUGUUGGGAGGAACUACAGAUGAGUUUUCUGCAAAUUCUGAAGCCAUGAAGUACAUCAAUAUACCACAAUAUCCACCAUCAAGUUCGACAGAUAGAUUUCUUAAUUUUAAUGAAUGUGAUCAGACUGUUGAUCCAAACAUGGUCAUGUCGAUCCCUGUUUCAUUGUUUCAGGGAUCGAACAGCACUGUUUCUUCAUCUUAUGAAACAUCUGAUGAUGAUGAUUCAUCUAUUUGUGAUUCUAAUAAUAAUCUGGCAAGAAGCAGUGGAUCUGCUCGUACUGAUGUUUUCAUACAUCGGAAACAUACAUUCGGGUCAUCAUUAAAGCAGGAUGCUACUUCUUCUCAUAGUGAAAUUUCACCUGAAUCUCGAGAUUCUGUCUCUGAGUUUGAUACUGAUAUCCAAUCAUUUAUCUUUAAUAAUGGAGUCGAUGGGAAACAAGACAUUGCAUCCAUAAAUGACAGGUCUUUCUUGAGAAAAAGAAGUCGUAUUCCUGACGACCAGUUCAUCAAAGAAUCACAUGACUUGCGAGGAGAUUUCACUGGAUCUACAAUUAAUCUUAACGAUUUAGCGUAAUUGAUCUCUUUGCUAUACUGAUAAAGCCUAUUAAGUUAUAAUUUUUCUGCCGUGCGUCAGAGAUAAACCAUGUUUCGAAGACAUUCACACUGGUCGGUCCAUUUUCGGUAGUACGUUUUAAACAUGCCCUGACUGGCUAUUAAUUUUCGUUCUGUGUUUUGGUUCGUGCAAAUAACGGAUUUGAGCACAUAUCAUGUAUGGCUUAAUUUAGGUGUAUUAUAUUUUGAGUUACUCAAACAUGAUCUACACAUAGAUGAUAGCAUAUGAAUCCAAACACGAGAAUCUUGUUGAUUAAUCUUGAUCAAUUUGACAUUUAUUUAUUUUAUGAUAUUUUAUUUGUUGUUGAUAUUUUAAUAUGAACAUGUCACUUGAUUGAUCAACUCAACUUUGCUUCUAUUAAUUUUUGCGUUAUUUAAUAAAUUUGAAUCUUGGAUGAUCUCAAA